AUGGACCGAAAUUCUUCGAUGCCUCACAAAUCCAAUGGUGAAUUAUGGCAAGUCGAGAAGCUAAUGAAGAAUUCAAUGGUCAUUGCUGGUCCUGUUGGCAAGUGUUGCCACAGAAUGUUAACCAGUUGUAAUGUCAGGUACGCUGCUAACACGUUGUUGAGAGGUGGCGCAGCGGAUCCCGAUGCUGGUGCCCGCAUACCCACAUGCGUGUUCAGUCUUGCGAGUGCACUCACCCGAGGUGUCAGCGAGGCGCACAAUUGAACACGUGAUUACGCAAUGCCCGCAUACUUUCAGAUCACCUGUAGCCCCGAAUACCCUGAAAAGGUUCCCGAUGUGUCCCUCGACACGCCCAUAUUCCACCCCAACAUCGACCCGUCCAAUGGUUCAAUCCACCUGAGCCUUCUCAGCAAUUGGCAACACUCCUACAAUCUGGUGGAUCUGGUGACGGCGUUACUCGAUCUUAUUGUUCAUCCCAACUUUAACUUUCCGAUUAAGUCCUUCGAGAUGCCCGAUAAUCCCGCCCAAUUAGCCACCAUAACAGCCAGAGCUCUCGCUGGACUGCCAAUCGGUGAAAACUUCCACUUCCCUCCCAACUUCGCGUGGUGUGUGUGGGCUCGGGCCAACGGUUGCCUCCCCACGCAAGGAGAAGAGGAGGAGGAGGAGAAGGAGAAGGAAGAAGAAGAAGAAGAAGAAGCAGAAGAAGAGGAUAACCAAGAACUGGAACAAGAGGGAGAAAAAGAGGUUGUUGCUAAUGGAAGUGCUGACGGCUACGAUGAUGGUGAUGAUGAUGAUGAUGAUGAUAGCGGAACAGGGAAUAUGGCAAAUUCAAAUAAGAUGAAUGGUGAAGAAACUGAUGAUUAUACAGACAGUGCAGGAUCAGAAGAAGAGGAGUCCGUCAUGGAGGUGAUUGAUGCAUCAACUGGCACAAUGUCUGAUAGUGUCCCAUCCUUUGCCAAAAUUCGCUACUCAUUCGACACCGAAGAGGAGACUGUUGACCAGAGUCAGUAUGAAGAAUACAAGUACAAGUAUGGAACUGAAUGCCAUCGUGUCAUAAUUUGGCAUCCCACAGGAGGUAACGAAACAGACACUCACACCGUGUUCUACUUCAUUGAAAUUUUGGGUGGUGAACAUCAUCAGGCUGAAUUGGGCGAGAACUACAGAAGUCUCUUCAUGGGUAGCGUUCUACGCGAAUGGCAGACGCAUCCGGAAUCGCGACAAACGUCCAGUGCGUGUCCGUGGUGUGGGUUUUUCUGGAUGUCUGGGAGCUCCUAUUAUCCGCGCACCAGCUGCAGUUCUUCCUUGAACCUUGCAAAGUUAUUUGCACCAAAUCAGCCUGUCACUAAGACCACUGACAAUGAGAGAAACGCUAUGGUUGUUAAGGCCAGUCCACAUGAGGAGAGUUUUACAUGCUUUUUGGAUGAUGAAGACGGUAGUGAAAGCGGAGGCAUUGGACGCCUCUUCGAUUACCCAAAUUCAGACGACGGAAAGGCAUCCCAAAACCAGAGUAAACCGCCGUCUCCAUCUGUUUCGUCUCAAACAUAUGAGGAGGUGUUUGUGGCUCGCUCUCAAGUGAUGAACUGCUUUGAGUGUAGAGAGACUUAUUAUCAAGCAAAAAAUUACAUUAAUACUGAUUUGACUCCUCAGUGGAACUGGAUGUUUCGACAGACCCGGUGGCCCAUUCGACUUGCACCGCAGCAGACCGUCGCACUCUCAACGAAGGGCAUUCACAUUCCACCGUGGCGAAUCAGCUCAGGUCAAAUGAUCGCGGACAUCUGUCGCUUUUGUACGAGGAAUCAAAACACAGAGAAUCUCGUUUUGCUCGAUCCCAUGGCGUUGUCACCGCUCUCGCCCCUUCUUAAUCUGGUCCGCCACAGAAGGCUGCCGAAUCCCCAUCUCACUGGCAUUCUCUGGAUGACACCAAUCAACGCUCUCUCACCCUUUUAUCAGGUGCCCAUCCCUAUUAGGGAGGAGCAGGAGGAACUCGAGGAGGAUGAGAAUGGAAAAGAGGACCACGUCUACCCCUCACCCAUCUGUCUGCGCUUCUUAGCAAUCACCGCCUUUCUUACAAACUGGGUGGCAUGGCUGUCACGAAUGGAGAACUACGCGGCUCUUGGUAUGUCAAGAGUUUAUCCGAACGUCAUUAGUGCUCCAGUGGCAGCGCAUUUGCUACAGCCUCACAGCCUGGGCUGCGGACAGGCGCCUCUCGUCGACCUCUGGCCCAUGUGGCUAUUACGCCAACUUCUUACCCUCUCUCUGCAACUCCCCCAACUCCGAUUGCCCUUUUAUCAACAGAAUCACCACCGUCUGCGACAUCUGUUUCCCUUUUCCAACCUUGAUGAGAUUUAA